AUGGAGGAGCAGUGGUCGGUUGUGUGCAGGGGCGCCGAGAGGAUGAAAAUCCUCAAGGCACCUCGCCUGGAGGCGAGCCACGUGGAGACGAGGAAUCCCUUCAGUGUGCUGGAGGGAGUGACGGAGGAUGAGGUAGACGUGAUGGGAGGAGACAAGGAGAAGGAGGGGGCAGACGCAGUUACCCUAACCCAAGAUCAAACCAGACGACACCAGACCAGACCAGACAAGACCAUACCAUACCAAAUCAAAACCAGAUCACACCAGACCAGACCAGACAAGACCAUACCAUACCAAAUCAAAACCAGAUCACACCAGACCAGACCAGACAAGACCAUACCAUGCCAAAUCAAAACCAGAUCACACCAGACCAGACCAGACAAGACCAUACCAUACCAAAUCAAAACCAGAUCACACCAGACCAGACCAGACCAGACCAGAUCAUACCAGACCACACCACACCACACCAUAGCAGACCAGACCGCACCAAAUCAGACCACACCAGACCAAAUCAGACCAGACCUCUCCAGACCUGAUCACACCAGACCACACCAAACCAGAUCACACCAGACCACACCAGACCAGACCACACCAGACCAGACCACACCAGACCACACCACACCAGGCCAGAUCACACCAGACCACACCAGACCAGACUACACCAGGCCAGACUACACCAGACCAGACCACACCAGACCAGACUACACCAGGCCAGAUCACACCAGACCAGACCAGAUUAGACUAGACAAAAUUAGACCGGAAAGAAACCAGACCACACCGGACCAGAUAAAACCAGAACAGAUCACACCGGCCCAGACCACCUGCUGGCUCCGCGAAAGGCUAGAUCUCUGUUUGUAG